AUGGCUCAUUAUCAUGUCAAUGGUAAUCAAAAUCAUAAUAAUCAGAUUCCAAUGGAAAAUUACGAAUUCGAAUUGAUGAAAUUGAUGGAACAAUAUCAAUCUAUGAUUGCAAAGCAACAAUCAUCGAAAGAAAAUCUUGUAACUAAGCCGCAAGAAACAGAGUAUAUAUCAUCAAUUGAUGAAUACACAAAUAGACAAUAUCCUAAUCCUCCCCCACAAAUACGUCGACGAGCACAUUUACAUACACCAAUACCUGGACAUUUAUCACCAGUGAAACCACUUCGAAUUAUUAUUAUUCGUCAUGCUGAACGAGCUGAUGCUGUUUUAGGAUCAGAAUGGUCAAAGAAAAGUUUUGAUCGACUUGGUCGUUAUACACGAUUUAGUGAACAUUUACCGGAUGCAUUACCAGCUCGUUCCUAUUUACAUCAUUAUGUAAUUGAUGUACCAUUAACAAAUCGUGGUCGUAUGCAUGCAUAUAAAACAGGUCGUUCAUUAUUAAGCAAUGGAUAUGCUGCUGAUAUCUGUUAUACAAGUCCAUCAUUACGAUGUGUACAAAGUGCUGAUAAAAUUUUAUCGGGUAUGGGUAGAAAAAAUGUAGCUAUGCAAUUAGAGCCAGGCCUAUUUGAAUGUUAUUUAAAUGAUUUUAAACGAACAUUAUGUUUUAUGACGAAAGAUGAAUUAGCAGUAAAUGGAUAUAAUAUCGAUCGAUCUUAUCAAGCUGUAAUGUCAUUUAUGCGACCACAUGAUAGUCAACUUGAUUAUUAUGAACGAUGUCAAGCAAUUAUGGAUAUUAUUAUAAGACGACAUCAGGCUACUGGUGGAACUAUUUUGAUAGUAGCACAUGAAAUUUAUUUAGAUGCUCCAAGUCUAGAAGGAUUAACAAGACAUUUUUCAGGUGGAAAGUAUUUACCAGAAAAACUAUUUGAUAUUGCUCGUCGAGUACCAUUUCUUGCUAUGACUAUAUUGGAAAGGAAUAGUUUAGAAAGUCCAUGGCUCUUUCGUACACUACCACUUCAAACAGAUCGACCAGCAUCAAUGAUAGAGACUGAAAUUGAACAAUCUUUACCAACGUCAAUUGUAAAGCCAAUGGGUCAUAAUCAAUCAAUAAACCACCAAGGACAACCAAAACAAGUAUCACGUCAUCAUCAACAACAUGAUCCAUAUUCAUCACCAGUUCAAAAUGCUUCCCAAUACGUACGACACAAUCAGCAUCAUCAACGUCCUCAAGAGAUUGAAAAUCUACGAUAUCAUGUUUCUAAUGGAGGUAUGCCAGUUGAACUACAAAAACUUGCCAAAAGCUCAACAUUACCCGAUUUACAAACGAGUCGCUCUUACACUGAAAUGUUUCAUGUUAUUUAA